CACUUCGUCUUGCGCCGCAACAAUCAACCGCAAUCAACAUCGAUGUAUCAAAAAAUCAGUCGCGACGUCAAACUCGCUGCCGACAUUCUCGCUUGUGUUGGACAACUUGGAUUCUCGGAAAGUACUUUCUGGCGUGUCCUUAAACUUUGGCGCAAGACAGGCAACGUUGUUAGCCCCACCUGUAGCCUUCUUGGUUUCUUCAUUUCUGAGUAUGAAUACACUAUGAGAGUGUAUUCAAGAAUCAAUGGUCAAUGAACUUCGAACAAUUGUACCUUCCUUGGGCUUGG